UCUACCAGAUAGUAUUUUUUUCCUUUUGUUAGUUCCGUCGACGGUUAGCUUCGUCGGAGCCGGAGAAAGAAAACGCAGACGAGCUAGAAGAAGAAGAAGAUCGAUCAGUCGUUACUCUACUUGAUCAUCGGGAAGAAGAUGGAUGCUUCACGUAAGCGAUCAAUCGUCUACGCCGUUCGAGAUUACCCACUUGGCUGUGGGACUCACUCUCAGAGUUCCAUCAAGAUUCCAAGAACUACUGAUCAUCCAGAUUCGAGGCCUUAUAGAAACUCCGAUCGUCAUGACCAUGUUCUCGUUGCACCUCUUAAACCAAAAGAAACUAAUUGUCUCAAGCAAGAAGACCCUGCACGGUUUAACAUCUCUGUUCGUCAUGAUUGUGAUGUUGCUGCAGCUGCUCCCAAACGUGAGAGGACCUGUCUCAAACAAGAGCCAGCGUUCAGAAACUCUCUCCAUGAUCGUGGCUUUGCGGAUCCAAAGCUUAGAGGGAAACAAGAAGCAGCGUUUAGAAGCUCUGAUCAACAUGUUCUUGCUGCAGCUCCAAAGCUUAAAGGAGCUUGUUUCAAACAAGAAGCAGAGAUUAGAAGCUCUGAUCAACAACACGAUCUCACUCCUCGUGAGCAAGUGCUUGAGGUCCUGCGUCAUUUCAAAGACGUGUUCAAACAGCUAGAUCGAGAUAAACAAGCGAGGCGCCUCGGUGGAGACUUAUUCGAUGCUACAGCUAGGAUAGACAUCAGAGCGCUAGAUGUAUUAGAGAAGAUGGGGAAACUAGUCAACACAGAGAAGAGAAUCGGUCUGGUUCCUGGAAUCAACGUUGGAGACGAGUUUCAGUACAAAACCGAACUCCGUCUUGUCGGGCUUCAUUUCAAGACCAUGUGCGGGAUCGAUUACAUGAGCAUCGGAGAUGUUAAGCUUGCAACAAGCAUCGUUGCCUCAGAAGGGUAUGGUUACAGCGAUAAGUUUGGUGCUGGUGUUGUGGUUUAUACAGGUGAAGGAGGUAACGUGGUGAGCAAGGAAAAGAAAACUGAAGAUCAGAGACUGGUUAAAGGGAACUUGGCUUUGGCUAAUAGCAUGAGGAAGAGGAGUUUAGUGAGAGUGAUACGUGGCGAAGAGAGGCUGGAUAAGAAAGGGAAACGGUAUGUGUAUGAUGGAUUGUAUUUGGUUGAUAAGUACUGGUUAGAGAAGGAGGUUAGAGGUACGAGUGUUUACAAGUUUAAGCUUUGUAGAGUUUCUGGUCAAACCUCUCUGUUGACUUGAGAAGAAUUAUUAUCAGAUGUAUGAAAUAGGGUUGUAUGGAUCGAUCAACAAUCUAUUUUUAUCG